AUGCGUAAAUCAAAUCAAAACAUAUGGAGAAUACCUACCAAUAAACCCCGACUUCCUUGUCUCUCAAACCACGCAGCAUCACGACUUCUCCACCGCCUUGCAUCUUAUAAACUGCCAAGUACAAGUAGUGAAAUUGAGAGUUGCUUUCAACCCGACUUCACUUGCAUCGUCCUCAAUCUGUUGAAGUUUCGUGGCGGUGGAGAAGUCGUGAUGCUGCGUGGUUUGAGAGACAAUGAAGUGACCAUCGCUUUGGUAUGUGCGGAUCCAAUACGACCGGGGUUUAUUGGUAAGAAAUCACCCACGCGUACAGAUCAAUCAAAUGUUGAAACAAAUACAGACGUGUGCUAUACUGAUAGUGCGGUUCAAAUAGAUGGUAGCAGUUUUAAGAAGAAUGACACCUACUCUAUGGAGUAUCCACCACCACCGAUAUGGGAACAUCCACAGCGAUCGGCUGCAAUUUCGCGUAUGUUCCACAAUACGGAUGCCUUCGCGGAGUCGUUGAGGAAGUACCCCAAUCCUGGCUUAGAGAAAUCUCAAUCAGAUGAAAUCGUCCAACGGAUUUUGAGCUACGCACAAGGCAGGAGUUUUAGCAAGAAAUCAAAGUCUAGAAGCAUGAGAUCUCUUCUGUGCAAGAGUUCGAAUCAUAAGAGAAGUGCGAAGCGAUCCAUUGGUGUUGUGACGAGCUCUGUGUCUCUCUUGUUCGGGAGGUCUUCCAGUCUUGUUAAUACAAGGCCAGAAAUAGACACAAGGUACAAUUACUUAAAUACAAGUAUGUCGAAACCGGGACUCGAAGUCCGAUACUUGACGGGACUCAAACGGGCGAUUUGCACCAAAUUACUGGACUUGUGUGAUGAUUCACCAAAGAUUUGUCCGAAAAUCAAGAGUCGAUUCAGCAAUCACAAGAGACAUUGCCGAUCACAUUCUUUCCAAAUUAAGCCUCAAAACAACAAAAGCAUUGAAGUUCAAGCUAUUUCUCCUCGCGAAACCAGAGACGCGAGUGUUGAAGGAACAUGUCACGGUAUUGAAACACACGCUGAGAAGAAACACAAAUCCUGCUUCUGUCAAACGCCAGAAGAGUGUGUCUGCAAAACUAAAUCCACUGAGAGACAAGCAGACAACAAACAGGACUUUGAGGAUAUAUUGAAGAAACUAGUCCCAGAUUUGGAUUUAAACGAACCUGAAGAUCUUCCGUCUCGUGUUGAAAAACUUAUCAAGGAAUGGAUUAACCAAGUUCCACCAUUUUACAACGUGGACAUAUCCAGUGAUCAAAAAGAGGGUUUUAUUAGGAGAAUGAAAAAUGAACUAAAAGAUAUUGAACAUUUGAAUAUAGAUGAUAUUAAACAGAAAACUGUAAAGUGCUUGAAUGAUAUCCCGGAUUUACAAAAUAAACGCGAAUCUCUCGUUAACGAUAUGAGUGAAAAUCUUACGAAUAAAUUAAAGUAUUUGCUGGUCCAAGACGAAUGGCAACACAAUAUAUCUGAUCUCGUAUCUGAUAUACUAUCCAAAUACGAUAUAUCCGAUAAGAACAAACAAUUAAUAACCAAGGCUGUAGCGCAAAAGUUGAAACCCGUAAUAAUGAAUAGAGCGUUACCGAAAGAAGAAUUUAAACAAUAUUUGACAGACGAAAUAAUUGGUUUAGUUCAACAGUUACCAUUGGAUGUUACAGAACAUAUAACUCAGUUAUCAACAAAGAAGUCAAUGGAUAAAGGCAUCCCCAGAAGUAGCAGAGGCCGUUCUUUUGAUGGAGGUAAGAAAGAAGACCCAGUGAGCAAUAUAGAAGAUGCGGUUUUAGACUGGCUCGAAGGUGUUCCUGAAUUAACGAAUUUACCGAUACAAGAAAGAAAAAAGCUUAUCGCUCCCCUAGUGAAAUCGUUAGCUAAAUCUAAAAACCCUGAGAUGAAGAAAGGCAUAGUCAAGAAAUGGUUAAAUGACGUCGUUAAUAAAGAUGGUACUCUUAGUUCACGAUCUAUUAAUAAGCUCACGAGAAAGCUUGUUUCAAAGUUACAGCCGAUGCAAGGUGCAAACCCUGAUAGAAGAGUCACUGUCGGUCAUUCAGUCAGCCCCAGUCAAGGAAGGCCCGAUAAAAAAGAAAGAAUGAAAGAUAACAUUUUCCGAUGGGUACAAGAUAUUCCGCAACUAAAUAUGGAUUUGCAUAAAAAUAAAUUGGCAGUUGAAAAUCUAGAAAAAACACUCAAUGAAUUAGCAAGAGAAGGGAAUAUAAAUGAGAUCUCACCUGAUACACGUUCUGUUAUUAAGGACUGGUUGACAAAUUUAUUACGAGAUAAUAAUAUACGUUUACCGCGAUCGAACAUUGAUAAUUUAGUGAACAAUUUCGUAAAGAAAAUAAGAGAAAAUGCUCCAACUGUGUCCUCCUACGCACCUCGUGCUAGUCGACAAGAUCUCGAUACAGAAGUCAUGAAGUGGUUAAAAAAUUCAGUAAAUGUUAAUGCAACGAAUUUAGAUAAGUACAAGCAGGCAGUACAAAAGUUGGUAAGUGAUCUUGAAGAUAUAAAAAGUAAACAAUAUGACGAUAGAACCGUUAAACGGAUGGUAAAUAAUGCAAUAAGGAAAUGGGUUCAUAAGUUAAAUGAAGAAACGGGCGCAGUGAUUCCACCGAGGGAAAGACAAAAUCUAACAGAAAGCGUGUUGUCGCAAAUGAGACGCGCUCCAAAUAAUCACAUAGACGAAUCGCCACGUGGUACUAACAGUCCAAGUCCUAGUAAGAAAUCUUCCAGAAGUUCAUCAAGACAAGAAAAACAAAGUUAUCCAAACCAAUUAGCACCCAAGAGCCGUAAAAAGUGGAAAAAAGUACAAACUCCCAAACGUGAUAUCCACAAUGGCGUUUCCAAAGUCCUUGACAAGUAUUCGUCGAAUUAUAUGAAGAAAACAAAAGGAGAGCUUAUAUCAAGAAUAACAGAUGAAGUGGAAAAGAAACUGAAUGACAUUCCUAAACCAACUCACGCAGAAACAAAAGCACCUAUAUCCCACAUUCUAAGGGAUUACACUAAGUUUUCGGACAAGGACAUCGAUGAUAUAGCAAGCGCUGUUGUAGAUAAGAUUGUGGGGUUCUCUACGCCUUAUAUUCACGGAAAUAAAUUCACAUCAGAUUCUAAACACGGGGGCAGGAACUAUGAAAGUAAUCAAGAAUAUACAAGUGAAGAAGAAAGUGAUAAAAUAUACACUAACGAUUCCAAAAAUACAGAUGAAGAUGAACAGCCGAAAACGUUACAGAAGCACAAAGUAUUUAAAAAUAUUGCCAAGGAUAUAUCCCAGAAUAUCGACAAGUUUCUUGGCCAAAACGAAGACCAACCACAGCGAGCUACAUCUACACCGGAUAGAGAGACUGAGCCAUCAUUGGAAACGUUAUCUAUACCGUCAAUUCACGAAAUUAAUAAUGAAUCCGAGGUAGCUAGUGACACCCAUAAAGAAGAGACUGGAGAGACAAUGCUUGUAAAAAGAAUUCUAAGUGAUUGGUUGAGAGAACUAGACAUUGAUGAAAAUUUAAAAAACCAAAUUAUCACUGAACUAGCCGAAGACAUUUUAGAUCGACAGAAAUAUUUGAAACUAUCGAACAGUAAAGUUAGAAAGAGUGCGGAGUUUGAGCAUCUCAAGUUUCAAGUGUUCAAACGUUUGAAUAAUGUGGUGAGUGACCGGGAAUUAACACACUUCAUGGGAAAAAUAGAGGACUUGGCGGAGCGGCUGAAUUUGUUUAGUAGUGGCAGUAGUGGCGAAACUCCUGAAGCGUCGACGUACAAAAAACAAUUGCGCAUUAUUAUAUCACAAACAUUUCCUUUUAUACAUGAUGAAUCAUUCGAAGUUUUUAAACAUGACCUAGCGGAUGCGUUUGUAAGCCUCCAUUUCUGCGCAGACGAUCAAACCGCCCGUAGUAAAUAUAGAAUUAAAAUACAAGAAGAAAUUAACACCUUUUGCAAUAAUUACUUAAAACAUUAUCCCGGAUCUCAAUUGGACGUCAAUGAACUAAAUAGAGAGCUUUACAUUGCCCUAUUACAAGUUCCCGUACCGAGCAAAGAACUCUUGGAGCCAUCAUACAAUAUUUCUUUAAUUCAAGAAGAAGUUCAAAAAUGGCUUAGUAACAGUCAUCCACCAGAACCCAUCUCAAUGAAUACCCGAGACAGAAUAUCGAUUUUAUCGACAAAUAUAUAUAAUCUACAAAACAAUCCGUCCAACAAAGAUCUUGAAAUUUUCAAAACAAUAUCAGACUGGUUAAAGGAAUACAGUUUUGUUAGCGGAAAACAUAUAGAUAUCGCUUCCGAAGCCAAGGCUCUACAUUACAACAUAAGACAUACACAAGCCAGCAGUCCGCGAAAUGAAAUAAGUAUUAAUGUUACACAGAAUGUGGAUAACCAAACAAAGAAAGAAAACGGAACUCAAUACACCCCAUUUAUGCCUCAAAGCAACUUAAGCGCAGAAGACAGAGCUUAUUUAAACAAAAUAAGAGCACGACAACAAUUAAAUGAAAUUCAAAACUCACAAGUAAAAUACGUUGACACCACUUCUCCUCCUGUAACUACUAGUACUCAGACCAUACCAGAUCGACCCGUAGAGAGGGCCGUUAAUGUUGAUAUUUCACCACAAGUACUUGUUAAAGAAUACCAUUGGGACUCCGAGCCGUCUAGAGUACACCAGCCUUCUAACACUUCAAAUAUAAAUGAACUCACGCAGCCACAGAACAUAAACCAGUCAACAUAUCUAUCAUCACACCACGUUUCCAAUCCUCAACAAACACAAUCCCAAGACGUACAUUCUACCGGAAUGCAUCAAAUUCAUAUAGAAAAUCGUAAUCCACAAAUUCCAGCAGACAGCAUUGGUAACAGACAUCCAAACAUUGAAAUCAAUAAACGACCAGUUAUCGCUGGAUUCCCAGCACCGUUCGAGAGAAUGACAUUUCAAAGGCCGUUUGAAUUGAGACAAGAAAGUAAAAUGGUGAAAUGUUGUAAAUGCGGAGCUCGCGUAAUGACGAAAUGUAGAUCUAGGAAUUGUCAGCAUCAUGACAGAAUGUGUUCUAGAUGCUACGGUGGAGCCUGUCCACAUCCUGCGCAGUUGUAUUUUCAUAGACAGUUUUGA